AUGAGAAAUUCCAUUAGCGAAAAUCCUUCCGACAAGAAGAAAUCUCCUGACAAUAUUAAAGGAACGAAUCAAUGUUUUUGGUGUCAUGGAUCAGCAACAACAACAAUAACACGAUUAAUAGCAGCAACAAAUGAUGAAGAAGACCAAGACACGAGACAAUGGGGAAGAGCGAAGGCGAGAAAAAAGCGCAGACGGUUCGCUUCUGCAUUAGACAUUGUUGCCAAACUUAAACAUCAGAGUGUGCAAAUCACAAAACUUAAAAAGAAAUAA